CAGGUGGGGGUGGCACAGACGAAACAGAGCCAGCAGAGCUGAGGCCGGGACAGCUCUGGAAGCCGAGGGGCAGUGGAGGGUCCUCCAGGAAGGCUCCUAGGAAGAGAUGACCCGGGAUGAUUCCUGAAGGAAGGGAAAGGUCUCCCAGGUAGAGAAGCGUGUGUGAGGUCCAGAGGCCGGGGAGACCAAGGUGUGUUCUAGGAUCUGCAGCCAAGGGUGCUGCAUGAGGGGCCGCAGGGGCGACCGCAUGACCAUCAACAUCCAGGAGCACAUGGCCAUCAACGUGUGCCCCGGGCCCAUCCGGCCCAUCCGCCAGAUCUCUGACUACUUCCCCCGCCGGGGACCAGGACCUGAAGGGGGCGGCGGGGUCUACGGGGAGGCCCCUCCUCGGCUGGCCCCCCUGGCUCUGGCCCCCCCUGCGGCCCUCCUAGGGGCCACCACGCCUGAGGACGGAGCCGAGGUGGACAGCUAUGACUCGGAUGACACCACCGCCCUGGGCAUGCUGGAGUUUGACCUUCUCUAUGACCAGGCCUCCUGCACUCUGCACUGUAGUAUCCUCAGGGCCAAGGGCCUCAAGCCCAUGGAUUUCAAUGGCCUUGCUGACCCCUAUGUCAAACUGCACCUGCUGCCCGGAGCCUGCAAGGCUAAUAAACUAAAAACGAAGACUCAGAGGAACACACUGAAUCCGGUGUGGAACGAGGACCUGACAUACAGCGGCAUCACGGAUGAUGACAUCACUCACAAGGUGCUCAGGAUUGCUGUCUGUGACGAGGACAAACUGAGCCACAACGAGUUUAUUGGUGAGAUCCGAGUGCCCCUCCGCCGCCUCAAGCCUUCACAGAAGAAACAUUUUAACAUCUGCCUCGAGCGCCAGGUCCCGCUGGCUUCACCCUCUUCCAUGUCAGCAGCGCUGAGGGGCAUCUCCUGUUACCUGAAGGAGCUGGAGCAGGCGGAGCAGGGCCCUGGGCUGCUGGAAGAGCGUGGCCGCAUCCUGCUGAGUCUCAGCUACAGCUCUCGGCGUCGGGGGCUGCUGGUGGGCAUCGUUCGCUGUGCCCACCUGGCUGCCAUGGACGUCAAUGGCUACUCCGACCCCUACGUUAAGACGUACCUGAGACCAGAUGUCGAUAAGAAAUCCAAGCAUAAGACGUGUGUGAAGAAGAAGACUCUAAACCCAGAAUUUAAUGAGGUGAACAGGCAGGGAUCGGAAAUGGAGGUGGACUGGGGGCAGGGGUGGGAAAGAGGGCCUCAUGGAGAGUGUGGCUGGCCUUGUCCCCAGGAAUUUUUCUACGAGAUGGAGCUCUCCACUCUGGCCACCAAGACUCUGGAAGUCACCGUCUGGGACUAUGACAUCGGCAAAUCCAACGACUUCAUUGGUGGCGUGUCCCUGGGGCCGGGUGCCCGUGGAGAGGCCCGGAAGCACUGGUGUGACUGUCUGCAGCAGCCAGACACAGCCCUGGAGCGCUGGCACACCCUGACCAGCGAGCUGCCCCCAGCAGCCGGGACUUUGCCCUCGGCCUGAGCAGAGGAUGGCUGCCCAGCAUAGGCCCUUUGGGCCGGGUCCAGUACCCAACCUUCGCACGAGUGUGUUGCACGUUUACACGGGGCGGGAAGCCCCCGCCCCGCACUACCUGUCUUAUUUUUGUGAGAGUCUCCGUGACCGUGGGUCUGUCUUCUUGUGAGGGACUGUGGAGAUCUAUAUUCACAUAUGCAAACUUCCUCCUGCCUGACUUGCUGUCACCUGCAGAUAUGCAAACCACCCACUUUCUGCACACCCGCGGGGACUGUCAGAGCCCCCUCCCAAGGCCCCCACGCUCCUCUCCUGCCUCCCCACGCUGCCCCGUCCCCCUGCCCCCACAGGGAGGAGGUCGGAUUAGGGGAGGUUCAGAGGAGGAGAAUGUUUCCAAAAAAGGACAAAAAACCCCAGAGCCACUCCUUUAAGACAGAAUCUCCAUUUAAAAAAACCUAGCCCUGUACAGCUGCCCUCUUAAAGGGGUGGCCGCCACAGGGCCUCUGCCUCCCCAAGAGGUGGCAGAUGCUCCCGGCCGCUCAUUUAAAUAACUCUUCCCUAGGUGGGGCCGGAUCUGAAGGCAGGGCCCCUGCCACCUUCCUAGGGGACACUUGUGCAUGUUUACGCCUUUUCUGAUUGUGUCAGUGGCCGAAGCAUGGCAACUGGGCAUCAAUAAAUAUCUCUGAGGAA